AUGGCAGAGGAUGUGCUUGCGGGCAUCUCAUCUACUCCUUUGACGAUUUCUGGGAGGCGCUGCCGUCGCUCCUCCAGAGAUUUCGGUGGAGAAACUGCGUCCAUCAAGCUCCUGAAUGCGUCGCUCCGGCCGCCCGUGCUCUCUAACGAGAAGGUCGACGAGUCCUUCCGAAAUGACGGAGUUUUUGUCGGAGAGAUUCCGUGUAUGAUCGGCUCCAAGCUCUCAAACGCCCAUGCCGAUGGAAAAAUCGAUUGUCCUCUUGAUCCUGGAGCCUAUGUCAUCGUCGAGGGAGCUGAGAAGGUUGUGAUGCCUCAAGACUUGAACUUUGGGCGAGAUGCUCCAAUCUCUCGGAAGGGCUGCUGGAAGAGCUACGUUGUUUAUCCCAACGAAGGCUUGUCUUUCCGGAACACUUUCACGAGAGUUCUUCUCAAGGAGGACAAAGGAAUCAUCAACCUGGAGUUGUCUAUCAUGGGAGCCGAUCCAGUCUGGAUCGUCGUAACGCUUCGUGCUCUGGGAUUGGCGACGAACAAGAGUGUCCUGGACGUGCAGAGAGCAGAGAGUAGAGAGCUCAUUUGA